AUGUACAACGGAAUCGGCCUAGACACUGCUCGUGGCAGUGGCACCAAUGGCUACGUCCAGCGAAAUCUGAGUUUUGUACGCACUGCAAAGCCAAAAGUCGAUUACAAAACUGAAGAUGAAAUUCGCCGCUUUGAGUCUGAGUAUACGAAACAGCCAAAUCAGGAGAUUUUGGAACAUCAUCGAAAACGUAAAAUAGAAGUGCAGUGCUUGGAACUGGAAGAACAGCUGGAAAAGGAAGGGCUUGACGAGGAAGAAAUUCAAAAACGCAUGGAUCAACUGCGCCAAGACCUAAAUAAGCGAAUGGAGAAAGCUUUGGAGAAUCGUCGAGAGUUUAUCAUGGAAGUUCUCAACGAAAGAAGCUCUAAAAAAGAAAAAGAAACUCAUCAACUCGCUCAGCUGAAUCAAGAGCGAAAUGAUAACCUGAAAUCGGCAUUGAAAAUCAGCGCCGACUUUGUCGAGGGCUCUUCAAUGAGCCUCAUUCGCCAGGCUAAAGAACAACAGGCAGCCCGGGAAGAACGUCUUCGAGCUAAUAAAAACGUGAUUGAUGAAAGGAUUAAAGAACAGGUCGGAAAAAGGGUAUCGCCUCCUGCAGAUUCACCAAAAACGGAAAAGGUUGAAAAGAAGAGAAAACAUCGCCACUCAUCCUCUGACUCUUCAGACUCGGACUCCGGUUCUUCUGAUUCUAGCUCAAACUCUAGCUCGAGCUCUAGCAGCUCUGACAGCAGCAGCGAUGAUUCUUCCGAUAGUGAUGAUUCUUCAGGCAGCUCUUCAGAAAGUGACGAUUCUCGCGGCAAGUCUCCUAAGAGGGUGAAACGCAAAUCAAAGA